AUGCGCAGACCCGGCUACUCCAAGCGACAGCGUUCUCGAUCACCCAAGGCUGAAGUGAACACCAGGCGCAUCUCCAAUGCGCUCUGUCGCAUGAUCCGCUACCCAGAACACCGACCUGAAGGACUGGUGGUGGACUCAUCCGGGAAGGUUGCGCUCUCCAACUUGGUGUCCGCAUGGGCCGAAGCCGAAGGCUUGACAAAAGAGAACAUCCUGGACACGGUCCAGGCGCACAUGUGGCAAGACACGGAAGUGCGGCGCUACUCGAUCCUUGGGGAAGGAGCAUGUAUGGCGAUUCGCACCUUGACGCAUCCAGUUUGA